CUGCACUGUAUAUAAUUAGACCGGUUCCAUGUGCGUACCAUAAUAUUGACAGAAAGAAACUACAGAGAAGAUAUUGUGAAGAGCAGAGUCGAUUGCAUUUGACAGUGGCGCGUCAAAUUAUCUUCAUACGAAAGAAGUGAAGGAACAGAAUUCCAGAAUGAUGAAACUGCUAAGCGUGCUUCUGCUGGUUGCCACCAGCGUGUUAGCUGAGGAGGACGAUAAGGAGAGCGUGGGGACCGUUGUGGGAAUUGACUUGGGAACAACUUACUCAUGUGUGGGUGUGUUCAAGAAUGGCCGCGUGGAGAUCAUCGCCAACGACCAGGGCAACCGCAUUACUCCUUCUUAUGUAGCUUUCACUGCGGAAGGGGAGCGUCUGAUUGGUGAUGCUGCCAAGAACCAGCUCACCUCCAACCCUGAGAACACAGUGUUCGAUGCCAAGAGGCUGAUUGGCCGCACCUGGUCUGACUCCAGCGUUCAGCAGGACAUCAGGUACCUACCUUUCAAGGUGAUUGAGAAGAAGAGCAAGCCACACAUCCAGAUGAAUAUCGGUGGUGGUCAGACUAAGACCUUUGCUCCAGAGGAAAUUUCCGCUAUGGUCCUCACUAAGAUGAAGGAGACAGCAGAGGCAUACCUGGGGAAGAAGGUCACUCAUGCCGUGGUCACGGUUCCUGCCUACUUUAACGAUGCCCAGCGCCAGGCCACCAAGGAUGCGGGUGUGAUUGCCGGGCUAAAUGUGAUGAGGAUCUUGAAUGAACCAACCGCUGCUGCUAUCGCCUAUGGUAUGGACAAGCGAGAUGGCGAGAAGAACAUCUUGGUGUUUGACCUGGGCGGCGGGACCUUCGAUGUGUCCCUGAUGACCAUUGACAACGGCGUUUUUGAGGUGGUGGCCACCAGUGGGGACACUCAUCUGGGUGGUGAGGACUUUGACCAGCGUGUCAUGGAGCACUUCAUCAAGCUGUACAAGAAGAAGACAGGCAAAGAUGUACGCAAGGACAACCGUGCCAUGCAGAAGCUGCGCCGAGAGGUGGAGAAGGCCAAACGCACCCUGUCUUCACAACAUCAAUCCCGCAUUGAGAUUGAGUCCUUUUUUGAGGGCGACGACUUCUCUGAGACACUCACCCGAGCCAAGUUUGAGGAGCUCAACAUGGACCUGUUCCGUUCCACCAUGAAGCCUGUACAGAAGGUUCUGGCAGACGCCAACAUGAAGAAGUCGGACAUCGACGAGAUCGUGCUGGUGGGCGGCUCCACCCGCAUCCCCAAGAUCCAGCAGAUGGUGAAGGAGUUCUUCAACGGGAAGGAGCCGUCCCGCGGCAUCAACCCAGACGAGGCUGUGGCUUAUGGGGCGGCCGUGCAGGCUGGGGUGCUGUCCCCAGACAAGGGCCCACCUGAAGUGCUCCUGCUGGAUGUAAACCCACUGACUCUGGGCAUCGAGACCGCCGGGGGUGUCAUGACCAAGCUGAUUCCCAGAAACAAUGUGGUGCCAGCCAAGAAGUCCCAAAUCUUCUCAACAGCAUCCGACAACCAGCCCACCGUCACCAUCAAGGUCUAUGAAGGAGAGCGCCCCCUGACCAAAGACAACCACCUGCUGGGCACCUUUGACCUCACAGGGAUCCCACUUGCCCCACGCGGGGUCCCCCAGAUCGAGGUGACCUUUGAGAUCGACACAAACGGGAUCCUGAGUGUGGCUGCAGAGGACAAGGGCACGGGCAACAAGAAUAAGAUCACCAUCACCCACGACCAGAACGGCUUGACCCCCGAGGACAUCGAGCGCAUGGUGAGCGACGCAGAGCGCUUCGCCGACGAGGACAGGAAGCUGAAGGAGCGCAUCGAUGCCCGCAACGGGCUGGAGACCUACGCCUAUUCCUUGAAGAACCAGGCUGCCGACCAGGAGAAGCUGGGUGGCAAGCUGUCCCAAGAGGACAAGGAGACCCUGGAGAAGGCGGUGGAUGAGAAGAUUGAGUGGCUGGAGUCACAUCAGGACGCUGAGCUGGAGGACUUCCAGGUCCAGAAGAACGAGCUGGAGGAGGUGGUCAAGCCGAUCAUCGGAAAACUCUAUGGUGGUGCGGGCGGGACACAGCCACCAGGGGCCGAGCAGGACGACGAUCAGGAUGAGAGGGACGAAUUGUAGGGCCUUCAGCGGGCUUUACGUCUUGCUCUUUUCUCUCUCGCUCUCUCCUCCAUUUGAUCUCAUCAGAGAGUUGUACAUAUUUGACUUGUUGAACUAUGUUGAGAGGAAAAAUUGGGGUUGGGGGCAGAAACUCACCGUCUCUGAAGCUAGGAGGAGUUUAAGGGGGAGUAUGUGCAAAGGCCUUUCUCUUCACUGUGAAGUGGAGGUUUAUGUUGGCCUACAUUAAAGCUUCCUGUGUCUGAUCUUUCAGAGCUGGUGUGUGGAUGGGGGUAGGAGGUUUAGGCUCUAGCCAGUGGGGUAAAGGGCUACUUUACCCCAUUUAAUAAGUUAUUAUUAAUACUUUAUUGCUAAAUUAUUUAAAAUAUUAAAUUAUUUUAUUUUACAUUUUGUCUUUAUGGUAACUAAGAAAAAUGCAGUUCUACUGUAAAAGCAUAAAUACUUUU